AAUACCGACCGCGUGCAACGUUCCAACAGAUAGCGCGAGCCGAUCGCGCUCGCUCUCAUCCCAUCCAAGCCCCGCGGCGCUUUUAUAAGCCAUCGCGGAUGAGUCGAACCCGUGUCCGACUUUCUUUCGUCCGAAGAGCAGAGGGUGCACGCAGCGUUAGCUCAAUUCCAGGCGGCGUCAUGUCUUCGAGAAUCGUUCCCCUGUGCCUGCUCUUCUUGUCCGUGGUUGUCCUCAUCAACGCGCAGCACAGGCCUGACACGAUUAGAGUACCACCACCACGCAUUGACCUGCCGAAGAUUCCACAACCGCCAAGGACGCGGAUCGACGUGCAAGGAGGCGGUUCUGGGUCCCAGCACAGUGUGAGCGGCAGUAUUCACCACGACGUAUACCGGCCGAACCGUGGACCAACCAUCUCCAUCUGGGGACAGGGCUCGCACCAGCGGCACCCAGCCACGGGCAGCCAAGGCCAGGGUCAAGUUGGAGUCGGUGUCAGGAUCCCCAUAGGAGGGCGCCGCGGAUGAACGUCAGCGCGGUGUCACUUGCGUGCCAUUCAUCCUUGAAAUACACAUGUGUUCAUCUACCUUAUG